UAUAUGAAUCAUCAGACUAGAAGGUUGUGUGAUGGUUAUAUAAAUGCAUUUAAGGCAAUCUUAAAGUCAGUCGUAAAUAAAACUUCAAGGAGUUCAUACAAUAACAUUAAGUCGUUUCAGCUGUUACUAACUUAAGUAAGUGAAUCUAAAAGAUAUCUCAAGAUGUCAAAGGUCAUUAUUUUUAUGUUCUUCGGUUUGCUAGCAGUAACUAUUAUCUCAGCCCGUUCAACUGAUAACGCGAAAAGUACAUGUGGUCAUCAUGGAGACAGUUGUGUUUCAGUUAGCAGUUGCUGCUCAGGUUUGAUCUGUCAUAGAUUUGCCAAUAGAUGUUCUGUUGUUAUUACUCCAGAAGAAUUGAUAGAAGCGAAAAAGAAUUUGAAAAAAACAGAUUCUAAAUUUAAAGAUUGGUGAAAUACUAAAUUUAUUUAAAAAUAACAUAUAUAUUCUCUUUUUCUAAAUGGAGAUAAAUAUUUUUAUAAUAUAGAUAUAUAUUGUGAGUAAACUCACUUUUUGCACUACAGAUGUAACACGAAGAUUUUCAAAUAGAUUUUAUGAAACAAU